UUGGCGCUUGACUUCCUUUUAGGUGGUGUGGAUCUCAAUUCUUGUGACUGCAUUUAUGAACAAAAGGCAUGUAACAGAUGGCCGAAUGUGUUCGUGGUAAAAACCACACACCGAGGCAAGAGGCGAGAUUACCUCUUCUCUGCAAAUUCGCUGGAAGAGAUGAAUGAUUGGAUUUCACAACUUACCAAAGCUUUACACAUGGUACCCGACCGAACUCCGGGUUCCCCUCUUAAAUUGCGUGUGCCAUUCAUCGAAUUGUUCUGUUUCUUAGAUGUUGUUGGGCGAAACAGUUCUAAUUUAAGCUACCUUGGAUCCCGAAGACCAGUGAUACCCACUACUACAAAAGUGUCGAACUUUGCUCUGAACUCUAACCAAUUCAAAGGAUCGCGGGGUUAUCUGGAACGUGGAUUUACUGAGGAAUACAGAACCUCAUUUGGAGAGGCUACAGCUGAUGACGAGGACUGCUAUCACGUAUUACCACAACCCGACCACGCUUAUGUAAACCUCAAAGGCGAUGGAAGCGUAGUCAUUGAAGAUAAUCUCCAAAAUGACCAAGGGCCUCCGCGCGGUGAUAAUGGUCCUCGUCCAGACAGCGUCUACUUCAAUGUUUGGGAUUCACCAACGGUGGAUGUCAACGACGGUAAUCGCGAUCAAUCGGCGUAUCAUGUCGAUUUAUCGGAGUCGGAGCAACCAGACAGGGAAGCCUUAGGAGCUGUAGAGGACAAAGAGGCAAAAGCGCGUUGCCAGCUGCACACCAAGGAAGCUCUUCGCUCCGGUCAUGAGAAUUUUAGCAAAACUCAGUUGCCUAAACGAUCUCGAACCCGUACGACCUCGUCUUCAUCAAGUGCGGUCUCAUUUGAUGAUGGUGAUGGGAACGAGAGUGAUGCAGGUGGUAGCAAAAACGCUGGGGCCUUGAAAACCCUUAGUGGUGUUGUCGAAGCUGAGGCCGCAGCCUCCAGUCUAGAGGAGGGCGCUUGCGUGAAGGCGGGGAAUACAUCCGGCCCUGCUGCUGAUACUGGUGGGUCAGCGAUCCACUAUUUGGAUGCAGAAAAUCUGGACUUUUCUCUGCGUCAACGCAGUGGCCAUGGCGUGGCGAACGCUGUUCCGAUCGUUCCUCCAAAGCCUGUGCACCUGCGUCGGAUGACCCCAGCGGAGGCAACAACAGAGGUUAGUGCAUCCAACGAUGUCACUUCUAGCGGCUACAACGAGCUCGAUCCGCGCAGCACGCAAGCAUUUUUCAUGGUCACCAAGAGAGUCUUCGGUGAUGCUAAUGAAGCUUGA